UGCAGGUCUCCGAAGGACCCGCAGCGAGAGGACUAGCUGGCAGCCGGAGGACAGGCGACCUGCCCCUGCACCGAAACGGGCUAAUCUCAUCUCGGUUUGCCCUGGGGGAAAAAAACAUUCGGAAUACGUUUUGUGUUUGCAUGCCCCGCGUAUCCUUUAUAGCUCCCUGGUGCUCGGCUGGUCCCGUCAUGGGCCGACGGUUAGAGGCGUGACACGGACUGGACUCUGAGAUGAAGAGGGAGGGGCCCGGUAGACGCCAUGCUCACGCUGUAAAGAGACUCUCCGACGCCUGCGCCCUCCUCCGUCCUCUCCUCUCGCCCCCUCCGCCCGCCCCCCAGCCCGCGAGGCUGUUGUUAUGCGUGUGAUGAAUAGCCUGUCGCUGGCCAAUGACAAGGAGAACUGCGGGGGUGAGGACAGUGCUGCCAGCUUGAUGCCUCUUUCCCCCCCCAUGAGCGCCCCCGCCGGACCCCCUCCUCCCCCUCCCCCUCCUCCUGCCCCUCCCCCUCCGCCACCUCCGGGACUGCCCCCUCCCCCUCCGCCGCCUCCCCCAGCGUUGGGGAACCCCACCCACGGCCUCCGUAAGAAGAAGCGAGUCCGGAGCUUUUUCUGGAAGACCAUCCCGGAGGAGAAGGUGAAGGGGAAGGCCAACAUAUGGACCCUGUCAGUGCGGCAGCAGCAGUACCAGAUCGAUGUGCGGACUGUGGAGGAGCUCUUCGGCCAGCAGGACGAGAUUCGGUCAGCACCCCCUACUGGCCGCAGAGGCAGUUUGUCCAGAGGAGGGUCCUUUAAGGAUAGCAAAGAAGAGAUCAGCAUCCUUGACUCCAAGAGAGGGAUGAACGUGGGCAUCUUCCUCAAGCAGUUCAGAAAAUCGAACCAGUCCAUCAUUGAAGACAUCCGCUUUGGCAACAGCAAGCAGUACGGCUCCGGACCCCUCAAAGAGCUGCUGAAGCUGCUGCCUGAGUCAGAGGAGCUGAAGAAGCUGCAGGCGUUCAAGGGCAACCCCAGCAAACUGACUCUUGUGGACUCCUUCAUGUACCUCUUGAUCCAGGUGCCAAGUUUUGAGGUUCGCAUCGAGGCCAUGGUGCUGAAGGAGGAAUUCAUGCCCUCCUGCUCCAUGAUGAGCCAUGAGAUCGAUGUCAUUCGAGCUGCGACUACAGAGUUAAUGACCUGCGAGGAGCUCCAUGCCGUCUUGCACUUGGUCCUUCAGGCUGGAAACAUUAUGAAUGCGGGUGGCUAUGCGGGCAACGCUGUUGGCUUCAAGCUGUCAUCACUCCUCUCCCUGGCCGACACCAAGGCCAACAAGCCAGGGAUGAACCUCCUGCAUUUUGUGGCACUGGAGGCGCAGAAGAAGGAUCAGAGUCUGCUGAAAUUCCCUGAGAAACUGCACCAUGUGCAGAGUGCAGUCAGGAUUUCAGUAGAGAAUAUAGAAGCAGACUUUCAGUCUCUGUAUGUGAGGACAAAGUCAUUGGAGGAGAAGAUCCAGAAGGACUCAGAGCUGCUGCUGCAGCUGGAUCAGUUUCUGCAGAACGCCACACGGAUGCUGCACGACCUCAAGAAGCGCAGGCUGGACCUGCGCAAGGAGGGCAGCAUGCUCAUCGACUUCUUCUGUGAAGACAAAGACGCCUUCAAACUGGACGACUGCUUCCGGAUAUUCCAGGACUUCUGCCUAAAGUUCCAAAAGGCCGUGAAGGAUAACCUGGAGCGGGAGCUGAAGGAAGCGGCACGGCAGCGGCGUCUGAAGGAGCUGGAGGAGAAGCGUGGCAUGUGGAGCGGCGAGAAGGACCAGGGCGGCGGCGGCGGCGGCGGAGGCAACGGCGGUGGCGGUAGCGGCAGCUUUGGCCGCAGCAGCAGCGAGAAUGACGUGGAGACACUGACCCGGGAGGGGCUGCUGGACUUCCUGCAGCAGCGGCCCCUCAGCCCCCACAGCCCUCUGGGCCGCUCCUCCAGCUCCCGCCGCCAGCGCCACACCAUGGCUGCCGUGGCCGACCGUGAGCUACAGAGCUACCUAGAGCUGUUCCGGUCUGACGACCCAGAGAAGUUCAACAGCCUGCCGCGCUCCGGCCGGCCCCAGCAACGGAGGCUUGCUGCCUGGCUGCUUUCCCAGGAUGACAACCGCGAGCUGGAUGCCAAGGAGCCCCCGUCCUGCGACAAGCAGGCCACCUCGCCACAGACGGUCACAGAGCCCCUGAGCCCACUCAGCCGGUCCUCAACGUGCUUCAGCAACAACAACAACAACGAAGACCCCCAUGUCAAUGACAACGAGCUCACCACAGUGUCUGAAGGCGCAUUCAUACCAAGGAUGGGUCAUAACAAAAAUGUGUUUCAAAAGACAUUGGGAACAAAAGUUGGACAAAUGAAUGUUAAUGUCGAGCGGCACACCUUAGUCCCUGGGCUGCAGCAGUUCGACCUCCUCUCUCCUGUCAGCAACAACAACAACGAUAAGCACUUUGUCAACCACGGGGAUCUGGUGGUUACAGACCUGGAGAGAGUGAGGGACCCUCCGAAGACCCUCAUUUUGGACACCCCUCCCUCCAGUAAGCGCUCGGGGAAGGGGCAGGACUCCAGGACAGAAUGGGAUUAUAAAAUGUCUUCUCUUCAGAAGGAGGAGGAAGAGGACAACAGCACAGUUUCGUCAACGACCUGCGACACGCCUCUGCCCUUGGACACCCCUGUCUCGAACAGAAAACCUGUUUAUUACAUCUUGGAUUGCACAGAGACUGACUGCUCUGUGACGCUGGACUACUCGGAAAUCGACAGCUCCCCUGUGAGGAAGGAAGGCGUUCGCUUUGAUAGCAAAACUCUGGACAACAAAGGUCAGGCUACCAGAAAAGGACAGGGUUCUCUCUCCUCCAACGCUGAGUCUGCGACUGGUAAUGAGCUCUCGGCACCCAAACCGAGUAGUGACGUGCCGGUAUCUGUUACCCCAACGGCUGACACAGAGGAGGCAGCCUCCGACACCACAGAUGACAAACCGGCAGAAGAGGAGGCCUCACAGGUCAAAGGCCCCAAAAUCGCACAGGCAAAAGCCAAGGGGGCACUGAGGGGCCCCACCGCUCGACUCAUCACAGCAGCCCGUUCCAUUCGGCCGCGGUCAUCCACGGACAGCCAGAACGUGCGCAAGGUGGUCCCGCUGACCAAAGUGAGCCGCUCUGCUAGCUUGGGCAAACGGGUCGAGAGACCGCCGGGCCACGAGAGCGCUGAUUCCAGGCGCCCGCUCCGUGACCAGAGCGCCCCGACGAGGAGGGGCGAGAGGCACGUGCGCUCCUUCCGACGCGCCAGCCUCCCCGCCGAGGAGACCAAGGCCCAGAGGGGCACCCCAUACAGCGGCAUCUCCCGCUGGACCCGCGACCAAACCCCGCGCAAGCCAAGCCUCAGGAAGCCCAGUGCCAAACCCGUUAGGAACGUCCCCAAGCCCCCACCUGAGGAGAAGAUGUGCCGCUCCACCCUCCGGGCCCUGGCCCAGGCCCAGGCCCAAGCCCAGGCGGCGUCAGAGGGAACCGCCCCACAGUCCCCCUCGCCCUGCAUCCUGCCCAGCUUCGCCCGCAACACCGUGGCCUCCUCCUCCAGAACCAAGAAAGACCUGGCCCCUGCCGACUCCACCCCCGCCACCCCCUCCAAAAGCACCACGCUGGGCAGGACAGGCUCCCUGAGGCAUGGGGCGGGCCGAGCGACCGGCGCCGACACGCAGCAAGCGGCCCGGGCCGAGGAGAAGCCCCACGGCCCACUGCGCAGGGUCAGCAGUGUGCGGGGGUCCGGCAACAGCGCGCAGCGCAGCGACACCCCCCCGCCCAGCAGAGACCGCUCGCGGAAGAGCAACAGCUUCUCCGAGAAGUCCAUCCAAUCUAAAGACUCCAGCUCCAGCAAAACCCUCAAGCCCUCCUGGAAGUAAGAGUAUGUGACGACAGGACUUUGUUCUAGAGAAAAAAAAAAAGCCUGAAAGAAGAG